AUGAACCUACGCAAGAAGUCCAAGCCAGAGACGCAGGCGCCACCGCCUGCGCCCAUUACCACCGACGCCAGCACCGCCAGCACCACCGCCAGCACCACCAACACGACGCCCAGUGGAAGCAGAGUCCUGCGAAAUGCAUCCCCAGACAAGUCGGCAGCAGGCUCGGCGCCCUCGACCGGCAGCACGACCCCGACCACGACGGGCUCGCAGACGCCCAGAGGCAGGAAGUGGCUAUCGGGCACGGGCAGCUGGCGCUCCAAGGCACCGCCCAUUGUUCAGACUGCAAAGGAGAGCAUCGGCGUGAGCGGCGGCGCGACCAACGAGCUGCCGGGCGAGGAAGCAAAGACGCCCAAGGACGAGUCGCCCAAGCGGUUCCUCACCAAGCGCAGUUCGAGCAAGAGCCAGAUCAUACCUGCCGCCAUCACUCAGGUCAACGUGUCUUCCGAUGGCCUCGUCGAUGAUGCGCAUCCGCCGAAACAGGAAAACGCCGAGGAGCCACAAACACCGACCGUCGAGGACCCUCCAGAGCCUCCGCUGCCCCCAGAACCGUCCACGCCAAAAGCAAGCGCAGCUGCAAGCACAUGGGGUUGGAAGAGCUGGUGGUCACGGCCAGAUGGGUACACAGAUGCUGCCAAAGCAACAAGUGAGGCAAAGGCGAACGUCCAAGAAGCUUCUAGCACACCCUUACCUGGGCCAACCCCUUCAGAGGAGCCAGAUGCCACUACAAAGAGCUUGGAUGCUGGCGUUGUACCGGCCAAGACUGACCAGGAUGGGGAUACGGAGAUGAAAGAUGCUCCCGAAGUUCCGCCCAGUCAAGAGGAACAAGCAAAGGAAGCUCCGCCCUCCACUGCCAGCCGAUUGGUAAAGGCUGCUUCUGGAUCAUGGUUCUGGACAUGGAGCAGCGCGCAGAAUGCCCAGGCCAACCCCCCUCCUGUAGAGCCACCAGCUCAGGAAGCCGACUCACAGGAUUCAGAUCAACUUUCUCAGGCACCACCAAAACCGCCGCCAGAAGCACCAGUCGAGAUGACUGAAACGGCCAAGACCGCACCUUUACAAGAAGCGGCACCUGCCGCAGAGCCGGCUGCACCUAGUGCUGGCGAUCAGUCUACCACACCUGCACCACGAUCUUCAAAGCCCUCAGCGUGGGCGUUUUGGUAUCGGGGUAAGCCCGAUGAUAACAAGAAGCCGGGUGAUGCUGGGCCACAGAAGCAUGUGGGUGAGGUGGCUGUCUUUGAUACCCCUUCGCAAUCCAACCCAGAAGCAGCACAAUUCAACGAGCAAGAGCAGCCGAAACCAGCUCAAGAUGUUCCCAAAGAACCCCAAGACACACCCGAAGAGAAAACAACACCUAAGAAACCGUUUGCUUCACUACGAGGUCGGCCAAAGACAAAGCCUGCAGCGAAAGAUUCCACAGAGACCGCUGGUCCCAGUAAUGCAACUACUCCAACCAAGACCUCUCCCGUGCGUGAGCCUGCAAAGCCCGAGCCAGCUCCGGUUGCCCAGCCUACGCCAAAGAAGGCAGGCAAGGGCAAACAAGAGCCACCAAAUCUCCUGUUACCCGAGUUCAGAAAUACCUAUCAUAUGGUGCAACAGCCGAACUUUUGGAAACAGAUCCGCCAAUAUUUCCUUGGAGGUGAGCCUGUAGCGCCUCAUCUACACAUCAACCCAGCGCCGCCAAAGAUCAAGAAGGCUGUGGCCAUUGGUGUCCAUGGUUUCUUCCCGGCACCCAUUAUUCAAAAGGUGCUGGGCCAGCCAACCGGCACAUCGAUCCGGUUCGCCAAUGCCGCGGCAGCAGCCAUUAAAGAAUGGACCGAGGCGCGGGGGUACUGUCCAGAAAUCGAGCAAAUUGCGCUGGAGGGCGAGGGCUUCAUUGCUGAGCGCGUCAAUUCGUUGUGGAAGCUUCUGCUCAACUGGAUUGACCAUAUCAAACAAGCAGACUUCAUUCUCGUGGCAUGUCACUCUCAGGGCGUGCCAGUCGCCAUGAUGCUUGUAGCCAAGCUGAUUCAGUUUGGCUGCGUCAAUGCUACAAGGAUCGGAGUAUGUGCGAUGGCUGGUGUCAACAUGGGGCCUUUUAUUGAGUACAAGACCAAGUACUUUGGACCCACCGCUGCCGAACUCUUCGAAUUCUCAAACCCUAAGAGUUUGGUCAGCCAGAUGUACCUCGCCGCAUUGGAUGAGGUUCUUCGGUUUGGGGUGCGCAUACUGUAUGUUGGCAGCAUCGAUGACCAGCUGGUAUCAGUCGAAUCCUCCACAUUCUCAACUCUCUCACACCCCUACAUUUACCGUGCCGUGUUUGUCGACGGCCGCAUCCACGCCCCCGACUUCCUCACUCACCUCGUCGGCUUCACGCUCAAGCUCCGCAACCUCGGGCUGCCCGACCACGGCCUCAUUCGCGAACUCUCACCCGCGCUAGCCGGUUCUCUUUAUGGCGGUGAAGGCCACUCCCGCGUCUAUGAAGACCCCGCCGUAUAUGCCCUUGCCGUACAACACGCCCUCGAAACCACAUCCCUCCCUAUCUCAUCGAGCAAAGACCGUCCCAGCACAGCAGGAAGCUUCCAGGGCAUCAACAUUCCCAUCAUCGGCGAGAAGCUGAAUCCUGACAAGAAAGAAGACUUGUUCAAAUUGCGAGUCAAGGAGUACGAACCAAGUGCCACUACAACGAGUCCAAAUCCCUUCUUUCUGCCAUGGGCCAUGAGAGGCCUACUGGAAGAAGAUGUUGUCAAGAAGGAACUUGGCCAGGAAGUGGAGAAGCUACUGGCCUUGUUCGAGCAGUGGAAGCCUACGGGUAAACAGUUAAAGGACGUCAAGUUCAGACUUGAAGGCGUCCGAAGUAAGCUAUAG